AUGUCAGCGAUAUUAUCAACCACCAGCAAAAAUUUCUUAUCAAGAAACCCCGCCAGACAAUGUCAGAAUGCACAAAAGGCUCUUUUUGCACUAUUGAGCUCUCGCCAAUAUAGUAGCGCCACUGAACAAACGUUGAAGGAGAGGUUUGCUGAAAUUAUCCCAGCGAAGGCUGAAGAAAUUAAAAAAUUUAAGAAAGAACAUGGUAAAACUGUCAUUGGUGAAGUUCUCUUGGAGCAAGCUUACGGUGGUAUGAGAGGUAUUAAAGGCCUCGUUUGGGAAGGUUCUGUUCUGGAUCCCGAUGAAGGUAUUAGAUUCAGGGGUCGUACGAUUCCAGAAAUUCAAAGAGAAUUACCAAAGGCUGAAGGCAGUACUGAGCCCUUACCAGAAGCGUUGUUUUGGCUACUUUUGACGGGCGAAAUACCUACUGACGCUCAAGUUAAGGCCCUUUCUGCAGAUUUAGCGGCAAGAUCAGAGAUUCCAGAACAUGUGGUCCAACUUUUGGACAUCCUUCCAAAGGAUUUGCAUCCAAUGGCUCAAUUUUCCAUUGCCGUAACUGCUUUGGAAAGCGAAUCCAAAUUUGCCAAAGCAUAUGCUCAAGGUGUAUCUAAAAAGGAAUAUUGGAGUUACACUUUUGAAGACUCGUUGGAUUUGCUGGGUAAAUUGCCUGUCAUUGCUUCGAAAAUCUACCGUAACGUCUUUAAAGAUGGUAAAAUCACCACCAUUGAUCCUAAUGCUGAUUAUGGUAAAAAUUUGGCUCAGCUAUUGGGUUACGAAAACAAGGAUUUCAUCGAUUUGAUGAGAUUGUAUUUAACUAUUCAUUCUGAUCAUGAAGGUGGUAACGUUUCUGCCCAUACUACCCAUUUAGUGGGUUCUGCAUUGUCUUCUCCAUAUCUAUCUUUAGCCGCUGGUUUGAAUGGUUUGGCUGGCCCACUGCAUGGUCGUGCCAACCAAGAAGUCUUGGAAUGGUUAUUCAAAUUGAGAGAAGAAGUUAAAGGUGAUUACUCUAAAGAAACGAUUGAGAAGUACCUAUGGGAAACUUUGAAUGCAGGAAGAGUCGUUCCAGGUUAUGGUCAUGCCGUCUUAAGAAAAACAGACCCUCGUUAUAUGGCCCAACGUGAAUUUGCUUUAAAGCAUUUCCCAGAUUAUGAACUAUUCAAGUUGGUGUCCACCAUUUAUGAUGUAGCGCCAGGUGUUUUAACUAAGCAUGGUAAGACAAAGAACCCAUGGCCUAAUGUAGAUUCCCAUUCCGGUGUUCUAUUGCAAUACUAUGGGUUGACUGAAGCCUCAUUCUAUACCGUAUUGUUUGGUGUUGCAAGAGCCAUUGGUGUAUUGCCUCAACUGAUAAUCGAUAGGGCUGUCGGUGCUCCAAUCGAAAGACCAAAAUCAUUUUCUACAGAAAAAUAUAAGGAGCUGGUGAAAAAACUUGAAAGUAAAAAUUAA